UUCCGAGCGUUACCACAAUUUUCAGGUGCACACAGUAUAUUCACUACACAAUGGAUUGCAUGAGAAUCCAGAGCACCUUGUCUCAUAGGAAGAACUGGAAAUAUGAUGUGUUUGUGAGUUUCAGAGGCGAAACUCGCAACAACUUCACCGAUCAUCUUUAUGCUGCUCUCCGCAGACACGGCAUAGUUGCCUUCAGGGAUGAUACUAAGCUCGAGAAAGGAGGACUUAUAUCAGAAGAGCUUCUGGAAGCUAUUGAAGCAUCACAGGUUCUGAUUGUGGUCUUCUCAAUGAAUUAUGCUUCCUCCACAUGGUGCUUGCAAGAACUAGGAAAGAUAGCUGAUUGCAUUCAAGUCCCGGGACACCGUGUUCUGCCUGUUUUCUGUGAUGUGAGUCCAUCUGAGGUCAGAAAGCAAAGUGGAAACUAUGAAGAAGCCUUUGUGGAACAUGAAGAAAGAUUCAAAGGUGAUACAGAGAUGAUGGAGCAAGUGCAAAGAUGGAGGGGAGCUCUAACACAAGUAGCCAAUCUCUCUGGCUGGUAUUUGAAGGAUAAGUCACAAUCCGCUGAGAUUGAAAAAAUUGUCAAAGCGGUAACCAACAGAUUGAGUCUCAAACCAUCAUCAAGUGUAUCUAAUGAUAUAGUUGGAAUUCACUCCCCUGUGCAAGAACUAGAAAAGCUUCUAGUUUUGGACUCAGAGGAUGAUGUUCGAGUUGUAGGAAUUUGUGGAAUGGGUGGCAUAGGAAAGUCAACUCUUGCCAAGAUUUUAUAUGAAAAGAUCUUUCACCAAUAUGAUGUUUCAUGUUUUGUAGAUGAUGUGAGCAAAACUUACAAACAUGAUGGACCACUUGGUGUGCAAAAGCAACUUCUUUGUCAAGCUUUUAUGGAAGAAAGUUUUUCGAUGUGGAAUCUUUCAUUGGCAAAUAAUCUGAUUCAAACCAGGUUACGCCAUAGAAAGGUUCUCAUAGUUCUGGAUAAUGUUGAUAAGGAGAUUCAGUUGGAGAAGUUGGCUUUAGAACGGGAAUGGCUCGGUAGAGGGAGUAGAAUAAUCAUAGUUUCUAGAGAUGAGCAUAUAUUGAGAGAGUAUGAAGUGGAUCAUGUUUAUAAAGUUAAACUCUUAAAUGAUGAGAAUGCUCACCAAUUGUUUUGCAGAAAAGCUUUCAAAUGUAAUCAUGUUGCAAAAGAUUAUGAAAGCCUCACAGAUUCUGCAUUAGCAUAUGCUAAUGGACUUCCUUUAGCAAUUAAAGUAUUGGGCUCAUUUUUGUUUGGGCGAGAUGUCUCUGAAUGGAGUAGUGCAUUGGUUAGACUGAAAGAAACUCCAACAAAAGAUAUUAUGGAUGUACUUCGAAUCAGUUUUGAUGGACUUGAGGAUCCCGAGAAAGAAAUAUUUCUUGAUAUUGCCUGUUUCUUUCCCGAAGAUGAAGAAGAUUAUGUAAAAGAUAUUUUGCGUAUUCGAAGAUUUCAUCCUGAGAUUGGUAUAAGAAUUCUCAUUGACAAAUCACUCAUAACUUGCAGUCGGUAUUACAUUGUUAUGCAUGAUUUGUUGAGAGAGUUGGGUAGAAGUAUUAUUCGAGAAAAAUCACCCAAUGAACCAAGAAAGUGGAGCAGGUUAUGGAACUAUAGGGAUCUAAGUGAUGUCUUGUGGGAAAACAAGGCAGUGAAGAACCUUGAAGCGAUAGUUCUGCCAAGAUCUCUCAAAAAUAGGGAAGAGUUGUCAAAAAAGGCAACAUUGAAGGUUGAAGCUUUAUCACAAAUGAACCACCUUAAAUUACUCAUACUCAAAAAAGUGAAUUUCUCAGGAUGUCUUGAUUUUCUUUCUAAUCAGUUGAGAUAUCUUGAUUGGGAAAAAUACCCUUUCACAUGUUUGCCAUCAAGCUUUCAGCCAAAUAAACUCGUUAAAUUAAUCCUAUAUCAUAGCAAUAUCAAAGAACUCUGGGAGGGAACAAAGGAUCUACAUAACUUGACACACAUAGAACUAUGUCAUUCCAAAAAUCUCGUAAAGAUACCAAAUUUAUCUCAAGCCCCAAAUCUUGAGCAUUUAGAUCUUAAAGGAUGUAUUAAACUUGUUUACCUUGAUGCAUCCGUUGGUUCUCUAGAAAAGCUUAGUUUCUUGAAUCUGGAAAACUGCAAAAGUCUUGUUAGUAUUCCCAAUAGCAUAUUUCAUCUUGAUUCUCUUCAACAUUUAAAUCUGUCUGGCUGUUCAAAAUUAUUUAGAUAUCAGUUGUUAGAGAAACCAAGACAAAGCGAACAGUUGAAUACAGAUCAAAGUGUGCAAAGCCACAUGACAUCCUCCAUAUGCAAAACUCUUACAAGACCUCUCCAUUUUUUCUAUUCUAAAAGGCUUUCCAGUUCAGUUGAUUUGUUGGUGCCUUCAUUGUCACGUUUUCCAGCUUUGACAUAUCUUGACAUAAGUUUCUGUAAUCUAGUUCAAAUCCCUGAUGCUAUUGGACAGUUACAUUGUUUAGAAAGCUUAAACAUAGGGGGAAACAAUAUUGUUACGCUACCUCAUUGCAUCAAAGAACUUCCCAAGCUAGGGGAGCUGAAUUUGGAGUACUGUAACAAUCUAAAGUGGCUGUCAAGUACCCUUUUGCCGAUAGGAGGAGCUAGCCGUCUAAGUUGUUACUAUGGAGGAUUAUAUAUUUUCAACUGCCCCAAUUUAAGUGACAUGGAAGGUUGUUGUCUCACAGUAGUUUCAUGGAUGAUAAAAGUGAUUGAGGUGAACAUGCAAUGUUCUUUACUCGAAUGCAUCAUUCAAGUUGUUAUUCCAGGGAAUAAAAUUCCAAGGUGGUUCAACAAACAGAAUACGGGUAAUUCAGUGAGCCUGGAUCCUUUUCCCAUUGUGGAUGACAAUAAUUGGAUUGGCAUUGCUUGUUGUGUAACAUUUGUUGUACAUCAUGCUCCAAUUCAAUUGCUUAAACGUAGGAGUAGAGUGCUUGUAGGUUGUGGUUUUCUCUCUAAACCUCUGCAUGAGAGCAUUUAUCCCGUUGUUCCAAUACGUCUUGAGAAAGAUUCGAUCACAACUAAAUUAGAUCAUAUGCUGAUAGUAUUUUUCUCCCGGGAAGUUUUCAUUAAUCUUUUUGUAAGUUAUUUAAAAAAGGGAGCAUCUGAUGUUGAUAGCAUUGAAUUGGCAAUCAUGAGUGAUUAUCCAGAAGAAGUAGAAAUGAAGAGUUGUGGUUACCGGUGGCUAUAUAAGGAAGAUGUGGAACAAUUUAACCCAACAAUGAUGUAUACCGCCACUUCUUCAACUCAGCAGCACAAGUUCUUGGCAAUUGAACAUGUCCAAUAAUAGCCCGCAAUCCUUUUAUUCAUCAGGGAAAUGUUGCAUCCGCAUUUUGGCUACACUUCUGGUUUCAUUGUAUUCACAAAAAAUAUCUGAGGUGAGGUGUGAGAUGGACAAUACUAAUCAUUUCUCUCUAAUUCUGGCUGUAAUUAAACACAACAUAAAGAAAUAGUCUAGAAGACUUGGUUUGAUGAAGUUUUUUGAAUAACAGAUAAACUAUUUGUA